AUGGAGAGCACGUACACAUACAAAUAUAAGCGUAUAUGUAUACAUGUAUAUAUGAAAGUAUGGAUUAAUCUGAACUUCUGAAAGUAUGCAUUAGUCUGAACUUCUGAGGAAAAAAAAAACAAAAAAAAACUUCCCUACUGUUGGGUUACUUAAUACAAAUCAUUAAGCAGGUUAAAUUUUUUACACCGAUUAUAUCUCCAAUACAGGACAUUUUAACACUGAAUUUGGUGUGAGAAUAUCCAGACGACAAUCCCUGAUUUUCAACUGUAUCUAUCCCAAAAUACAGAUUUUUUCUUAAAGAUUCUAUUAUAACAUCGUAUUGAAAAGAAACGUUAUGCAUUGCUGCUGCAAAAUGAGGAGCAGAUAUUCUUUGAAGAAGGCGUUCUUAAGUGUGCUUACCAUGUGCUUCAUCAUGUGCUUCAUCAUGUACCUUUUUCAAUUGCAAUUCAGAAAUGUAAUCAAUAGUGAACAAGAUCACGCAUUGAUGUCGCAUUUUAAUUUACCCGGGAAAAGAGUUUACCCCGCUACUGUUUCGAAUACAAAAUUGAUUGUAUCCAAUGAACGUUCUGCAAUAAAAACUGAUAGUUUUAAAAGCAAAUUUAGCGUAGAGAACAGUACUGUAAAACAGCAGCAAAUGUCAAAAGUUCCUGGGGUGAAAUUACUUACAAAAACUCCUAAUACAAAUACGUUUUUCAUCAAUAACCAAACUUAUUUAAAGUGGUUGUUUGAAAAUAAAAUUUUCAUGACAAAAAUUGAUUGUUCAAAAGUGGCACUUGGUAAUAUCAAUGAAUUGAAUAAGAGUAUUGAACUUCAAACCGCAAUAAAGUAUGUUGAUUUGCCGGAUUCCUACUUUAUAAAUUUGACUCAAGAUUGUAAUAAUUUCAGGCAAAACAUGGGUUACAUAACCAGUCAUAUGACAAAAGAAGAGUUACAUUUUCCUUUGGCUUAUAGCAUUUUAAUGUAUAAAGACAUUGAACAAGUUGAAAGACUCUUAAGAGCUAUUUACCGUCCACAAAAUUUUUAUUGCAUAAAUGUAGAUGGAAAAAGUAGAAAUAGCACUUUAAAAGCAAUGAAAGCAAUUGCAAAAUGUUUUCCAAAUGUUCAUAUUCUUUCCCCUUCAAUUGUUGUACGUUGGGGAGAAUACUCAGUUUUGGAACCGGAACUUCUGUGCAUGAAACACCUUUUAGUCUACAAAUGGAAAUAUUUCAUUAAUCUCACUGGACAAGAGUUUCCAUUGAAGACCAAUUAUGAACUUGUUCGGAUUCUCAAAGCAUACAAUGGUGCAAAUGACGUAGAGGGCACACAAAAAAGAGCUAACAAACAUAGAUGGGCAAAGUCUGGCCCACCACCUCACGGCAUUAAACCAAUAAAAGGGAGCGUUCAUGUUAUACUUCAAAGAGGUUUUGUUGAUUAUGCUGUGAAUUCUCCUGUGGCUAAAGAUCUACUUGAGUGGACGAAGACUGUCUUAAUACCAGACGAAACAUAUUUCGCCACGCUCAAUCAUAAUCCCCAUCUUAAAGUACCUGGAUCCUACACAGGCAUUCCAGAGACUGGACCCGAUAAGCCAUAUUUUGCGAGAUACAAAAUCUGGGAAAAUAGUGAAAUACCUUUUCCCUCAAUUUGUAAGGGGAAAUUUUUAAGAAGUGUGUGUUUAUUCGCUCUUGGAGAUUUACCAAAGUUAACUACUACACCAGCACUAUUUGCUAAUAAAUUCCAUUUACAAUACAAUCCAUUACUUCAAAAGUGCCUUGAAGACUGGCACUUUAACAAGACCAGAGAUUAUUACCUGUACAAAAAGAAAUUUAAUACUUCAUUUUAUGAAAAUUUGAGUUUUGUUAAAAAUAAAAUUUGAAAUUUCAGUCUAUAUGAAAGUUUAUUUUGUAUUGUAUGGUUAUUUAUCUUUCUCGCCCUUACAACCUAACUUCUUCAUUGUCUGCCGACUGUUACGUAAAUAUGGAUUUCAAAUUUUGGCAGGACAGCAAGUUCGAAGGAUUUAAGUCGAUUACAUCGAUCCUAGUGCUCAACUAGUAGUUAUCUUAUGGGCUCUGAAAGGAUGAAAAGCCUCGGCGGAAUCGUUACAUAGAUAUUGAUUUCAAACAUUGGCACACGGCCAGCCAUUUCUGGGGUGGGGUAAGUCGAUUACAUGGACUCCAGUGCAAAACUGAUACUUAUCGACUCUGAAAUGAUGAAAGGCAAAAUCAACCACGACGGAACCGUUCCGUUGAUAUUGAUUUCAAGUUUUGGCACAAGGCCAGUAAGUUCAGGGAUGGGGAGUUUAAUCAAUUACAGCGACCCUCAUAUGCAACUGGUACUUACUUUAUCGAUUCCGAAAGGAUGAAAGGCCAGCAAGUUCGGGUGGGUGGGGGUGUCCGUUUGAUGUAUUAAUUUCCCCCAACCGGCGAGAUCGAUGUGAAACACAUCGCAUUUUAUUAUGUGUAUGAUAAGAUUAGUUAAUCAUGAAGUGAGCAGGAUGAACUUUUAAAUGCGAAUGACAAACAGAACAACUAAGUAGAGGCGCUGCUAAAGCAGGAAAGUAGAAACACUGUUAUAUAAUUUAGAAAACUUCGAACUGUUUCAUUAAGCAUUAUUAGACAAAUACAAAAAUUAAACUGAAUGACUCCAGCUCGUGUCGAAUGAUUUAGAAAAUAAAUCUUAUAUAUAAUGUGAAACAAAUUCAACAGCUUCAAACGCGAAAGCGUUACUCACAAAUCUAUCUAUCUACCUACCUACCUACCUACCUAUCUAUCUAUCUAUCUAUCUAUCUAUCUAUCUAUCUAUCUAUC